AUGCACAUCGGUUGCGUUACAUCUAUCGAUGCACUCUCCACGAGAGCGCCCGACUUCAUCGUCAUUGGCGGCGGUAUCGGCGGGUUGGUGGUUGCCAAUCGUCUGAGCGAGGAUGCGGACAAGAGCGUGCUACUGAUCGAAGCUGGCGCCAACCGACAACGAGACCCAAAGAUCGACACUGUUGGUAUGCUAUCAACGCUUUAUGGAGACCCUGACUACGAUUGGGACUUCAUGUCUGAGCCUCAGACACACGUCAACGGUCGCCAGAUCCCGCAUCCCAGAGGAAAGGUUCUGGGGGGAUCUUCAGCCAUCAAUUUUGGCGCAAUCGUAUAUCCAUCAAAGGCCAACUUUGAAGCCUGGAAAGCACUCGGCAAUGAGGGUUGGGACGCCGCUGGCAUCGCGCCAUACUUUCGCAAGUUCAGUCGCUUCACACCACCGAGUGCGGAAACGAAAGAACUCCUCAACAUAAACUACAUCAAUGAGGAUCUGCAUGGCAAAGACGGCCCUGUCCCUGUAACGAUCCCAGAUGUGUAUGGACCGUUCCAGGCGUCGUGGGCAAAGACCCUGGACAAAAUGGGUUGGUGCAACACGGAUGAUCCUAUCGAGGGCGAGAAGUUGGGUACAUUCGCGUGCGGAUUGUCCAUCGAUGCCGAGACGAAAACUCGCGGCUAUGCAGCGUCAGCAUACUACACUCCAGAAGUUGCAAAGAGACCAAAUCUCGAGGUCUUGACGGAGGCAUUCGUCGAAAAGAUCCUGACGAAGGGCUCUGACAGCUCUGUAGAGGCAACGGGUGUGAGUGUGCGAACAAAAGAUGGAUCGAACCAUGAGAUCGUAGCGAAGAAAGAGGUCAUCCUUUCUGCAGGAGCCAUCCAGUCACCGCAAGUCCUUGAGCUUUCCGGAAUCGGCCAGAAGACACUCCUUGAGAAGCAUGGUAUACCGGUAGUUCUCGAUAGCCCUGGUGUGGGUGAGAACCUCCAGGACCACGCCAUCUCUGCUCCUUCUUUCGAGAUCGCCGACGGGCAGUUCUCUGGGGACAUCAUGCGGGAUCCGAAUAUCGUCCAGGCCGUACUCCAUCAAUACAUAACCACUAAGACCGGCCCGCUCGUCGGUAUCCCGAUCAGCUUGACCAUGCUUCCGCUUGUCGACUCCGAUGGUCGCAUCAGCCACGAAGAGAUUGCGAAAUUGAAAAAGGAAUACAUCAACGACAAGGGACUGCCACUCUGGAAGAAGAAGCAGUACGAGCAGCUCGAGAAGCAAAUCCUAGACCCCAAAGAGGCAGCAGGAUACGCGAUGAUGCUGCCACUGCAGUUGAACAUCUCUUCUGGUGCUACGCAGAUGAACGCAUUGCUUGCGCCAACUCACCCCAAAAACUUCAUCACAAUAAUGGCAGUCAACAAUCAUCCCUUCUCACGCGGCUUCUGCCACGUCCGAUCAGCAGAUCCGAAGGAAAAGCCCAUUCUAGACCCCCAGUAUCUUUCUCAUCCGCUGGAUCUAGAAAUCCUCGCCCGGUAUACGCAAUACAUCGAGACCAUCAUCAAGACCGAGCCGUUCGCUUCUCUUCUCAAGCCGAGCGGAAGGUUGCCCGAGGGCAAGGAAGCUAAGGAUUUGGAUACGGCGAAGGAGAUCGUCAAGGAGAGACUGUUGAGCACUUUCCAUCCCACGGGCACAUGUGCGAUGAUGCCUAGAGAAUUGAAUGGAGUCGUUGACAGCAGAUUGAAGGUAUACGGAACAAAGAACCUUAGGGUCGUCGACGCGUCGAUCUUCCCGAUGGAGACGUUGGGUAAUAUACAGGCGACGGUGUAUGCGGUGGCGGAGAAGGCAGCCGACAUCAUCAAAGAGGACUGGAAGAUGUGA